AUGGUUGAAAGAACUUCAGUGAGGAAACACGUUCUUAAAAUGAUAAGUCGGUUAAACGAGCUGAAAAUUUUUGGUACGGUUAUUGAUAAGAAAUUUCAGGUAGAGAUGGUCCUACAAACUCUGUCGAAUAGUUUUCACCAAUUUUGCUUAAAUUAUAACAUGAAUAAGAUGAACUUUGCCCUUGCGAAGCUGUUGAAUAAGCUGCAAACGGCAGAAUCUAUCAUUAAGCAACAAGCUCCUCCUGCGGUGUUGAUGGUUGACAAACCUUCGUCUUUGACUUCUAAGCCAAAAGGGCAAAAAGAAAAAGAAGCCCCGUAA